GAAUGCUUCGGAUUGCAUGAUUUUACCAUUUGCAAAGGAAGACAAUUAUGUUCAGAGUAUGCCUGAUACUUACAGCCCUGUGGAUACCAACAAUAGUUCAUUCAGCUAAGGCCGUAAGCAGUUCUACACCCACUGGCACUGGCAAGACUUGCCCACCAUCUUGCCAGCCUGCGGCAUCAAUACAAGGCUGCAAGGCAUAUUUGGCCAAUUCCAAGUGUGGAAAUGAUAUUAGAGAUGUGAGUACACCAGAAGCCAGUUGCGGUUGCAUGUGGCAGACAUACAUACAGGCUGUCGAGCCGCAAACCAAGAUCAUCUUCACAGAAGAUGGGAACCAAUGUUACAAGUGGGCAGCUGCUCUAUGCUCCUACCUAGAAGAAAAGAACAAGAUUUCUAUAGCCAAACCCCUACAAGACAUUUUACGGCGUGUUCAGCGUCUUGAAGAGCAAGGUGGAAAGGCUCUAGAACAGGAGAUUGCAAAGAGCAGACGACGAACCGGUGUAGUUUUCAAAACACGUGCAAAAGAAAAUGGUGUCAAGAAAGAGAAAGGGGGCAACAAGUCAUCAAGCAGUAUCAAGAAAAGCAGCCGUGCACCAAAAGUGAACUUUAUAGGAAAACAUUCCAGAAGUAGGUCCUCUGAUUAUGUUGAAGUAUCAAAAGUUGUUGAAGAUAGCCGCAACAAAGGUAGGUCCUCUGAUUAUGUUGAAGUAUCAAAAGUUGUUGAAGAUAGCCGCAACAAAGGUAGGUCCUCUGAUUAUGUUGAAGUAUCAAAAGUUGUUGAAGAUAGCCGCAACAAAGGUAGGUCCUCUGAUUAUGUUGAAGUAUCAAAAGUUGUUGAAGAUAGCCGCAACAAAGGUAGGUCCUCUGAUUAUGUUGAAGUAUCAAAAGUUGUUGAAGAUAGCCGCAACAAAGUACCCAGUGCAUCUAAGAAAAAAGUAGUUCACCAUCAUAUUCACCACCACUGGUUCGACGUUAACAUUCAGGAUGACCAGUUCAAGUUAGGCGUCUUCAUGAUCAUCUUGCUCCUAAACCUCAUGGUCGUUCUUUCGCUUAUAUUCUGCAGAGGCUCCAGCAAGUCUGGCAGCAAGGAACAACUGAUGGCAGGUGACCUUGACCCAGCGCUCUUCCCAGAACAAAAAAAGAGUGGCACUCAACAAAUUAAAGAUUUCCCCACGUUGUGGUUGGACCACUUGAAGGGUGGACUCCGUGGACACAAGAAGAAGCCACGCCCACCAAGCUACACGAGACUACAAAUGGAGGAGGAAGAUCCUGGCAAGUUCCAUGAAGCCCUCGAACAAUAUCAUGAACAAAAUGUGGCUAUCCACCAUACUGGGUCUGGCCGAGGUCUGUAUGAGAACAUUGACUCAGACUUGGAGUUGGAUCGUACUUACGAGCUGCCAACCCCAAUUCCACCACUGGUCCGAGACUUCCAUCCAAGGAAGUACAGCUUGGCCACUGACAGUGAGGGUGAUUCUUCCCCAACCAAGUACUUUCCCAGAAGCCCUGGGGAACAGAAGAACGUGCACUUUGCCCUACCCCCAGGUGUUUUUCUCACGCUACAGGACAGAACUACCAUUACACUGAGCCCCCUUGACUACCAUUACACUUAA